AACCAACUCAUCUACAACUCAACACGUCUGCUCAUCGACAUCGACGCACUGCGCUCAGUGACAUGGGUGAAUUGUCAACAUGUCCGCACCGAAAAUAAAACUCUCUUUCGGCGCGAAGAAGUCAGAACCACCACCAGAGGAGACAUCACAACCACUAGCUCCUCAGAAAAAGCUCACGCUGAAACUAGGCGGUCCCAAACCAUCAGAAGAACCCGCGCCUGCAGCUGUCGAUGCAACAGCAGCUCCAAAACCAAAGAAGAAACGAGCUUCAAAACCCAAAACAGAAGCAGGAUCAUCGAAGAAGCGAGCAAACGAUGCAGGAUCUGGAGACGACUCGGACGCGGUGCCUGCGACACAGGCGCCAACUGGCCCUAAACGGAUCAAGCUUGUGAAUAAGGAUGUCCCGAAACAAUCAGUGGUCAAAUCGAUUCGGAUCAAAGGCCAACCCAGAGUAGCACCUCGCCCGUUAGGUAGUGGAUACGACUCGGAGGCAUCGGACCUGGAGCUGGAUCCUCAUAUUGAAGAGGAUUUUAUCCUGCGCAUGGUACCCGGGGAAGAUUGCGAGUACAUACGACAAGCAAUUAAUGAACGACGACUUGAUCGAUCGCACAUCGGUAUCAAAGCUCUAACUCGCGAGGGAAGGAGGAUGAUUGUUAGGGUUCGCGAUAAGCAGUAUGCGGCUACACUGGUUGAUCUUCCUUGUAUCAUUGAAGGAAUGAAGAGCUGGGAUAAACGCAUGUUUUACAAAUCGGCGGAUAUUACACAGAUGCUACUGGUGCUAGGACCUGUUCAGAAUGAGCAGGAGGCGAUGGAAUACCCGUUACCGAAAGAUGUUAAUAUGUUGGAUGACAAGACAUAUCAAUACUCGCAUGGUUUAACCCCGCCGAUGAAAUAUGUGAGGAAAAGGCGAUUUCGCAAGCGAGUAAGUGCGCGUACUAUCGAGCAGGCUGAGAAGGAGGUUGCAAAUUUGAUAGCUCAGGAUGAAGCUGCCGUACGCCCACCCAGGUUUGAGCUAGUCGAUGCCACGUCACUUUCGCGUGCUGAAGGUGUGGUUAACUACGACGAUGAAUACGAUGAUGAACAAGAUGCCUAUGGUGAAGCUGAUUAUGAUAUGCAAGAUGAAGAAGAUGCGCAGGGAGACCUGUUUGAGGAUGAACUUGCCGGUGAAUUAGAGGCAGCGCUGGCGGCGGGUGCUGAUGAAGCUCCAGAUGUUGCAGAGACUCCAGCUGCGCACGCAACCGGAGAGUCUGCUACUCCAGGACUAAAACCAGGCGAUGAGUCAUCCGGAGACGAAAGCGAAGAGAGUGACCGUGAGGCUGAUGGUGAUGCUAACGGGGAAGAGGAGGAUAUGGACGAAGAGGCACUCGAAAGACGUCGCGAAAUCCAGGAACAGCGCGAAUUCAUAGCUGAAUUGGAAGGUCUGAUUGCACAGGAAACUGCCAAAUACGAAGCGCAGACAAACAAGAUUCUCAAACAGAAGAUUGGAAAGCGUGUGCACCAGUUGAAGCAGGAUCUAGCGUUGAAAAGGGCAUCUAUUGGCGAGUCUGGAGGGGAUGAUGCCGCUUGA